ACUGCGAUCGGGAGCAUCGCCGGUGAUCAAAAGGUUGUGAUCGCUUUAAUUUUAUGAAAGAAAAACUACAACAUUUGUUAGAUUUCUGGAAUAAAAAGUGACAUUGGAUGUGGGGAAUCGAAGAUGUGGUCGCAGUACAGUAACUUUGGAUUUUAUAAAACUCCAGUCAGCAAGGGGUUUCUUUCCUGUGUGGGUUGUCUAUCAGUCCUUCUGUUUAUCCUUGGUCCAAGCUACCAGCAGUUCUUUGCUUAUACAACGGAAUCAUUGAUGGAGAAGCUAGAGAUAUGGCGUCUUGUAACCAGCAAGAUGGUAUUCUUGGACACGAGGAAUCUUCUUCUUGGUUUGCUGCUGAUGUACAACUUCCGAGUAUUUGAAAAACGCUACGGAUCAACAAAGUUUGCAUCGUAUUUGCUUGCCAAUGGUGUUUUGACGACAUGUUUAGAGGUCGCUGCACUCUUCGCUGUGCAGAACUAUCAACAAGGGAGCAUACCAAUCCACUGGACCCCAGGACCGACUGGUGUUGUUGUGUCAAUGUUUGUACCAUUCUUCUUUGACCUGCCCUACCUUACUGUACAAAAUAUUGCUAGCCACGUACUAAGUGGCAAAUGGUUCGUCUACAUUGUUGGAUUACAAAUAUUGGCCCAGUCGACCCAAUCCAUUCUCGUUGUUGGAUGUGGCCUCUUAUCGGGCCUCCUGUAUCGUUCCAACUUCCUCCGUCUUCAAUCCUGGCUUCGGAUUCCUAACCCCUUAAGCCGCCUGGCAGCUACUGUCCUAGGCCCCAUCCUGAGGUCCAAACCUCCAGGGGAUGUCACUCUACCAAUGGGUGCAACAUUAGAGCUACAGAGGCAACAGAGAAUGGAUCUAAUUGAACAGCAGAUGAUGUUUGCCCAGGCCAGGCAGUACAGGCAGCAGGCAAGGCAGAGAGGAGAAGCAUUCAGACAACGGCCGACCAUUAGUGCUCCUCUUGCAGCGAGGUCAUCAGGCAGCUUAGCAUCAAUGUUCAGACAACGCCGCAACCCCGCUAGUAACACUGGAGACACUCCAGACACAUUGCCUGGAACAGCGCCCUCUAACGGCCAGGCGUCCCCUAACCAGCCAAGCACAAGCCGAGAUACAAACUCAAUACCAGAGGAACACGUUCAACAAUUAACGGACAUGGGAUUCAAUCGAGGUGCUGUGGUGCAGGCUCUCCUAGCAACACACAACAAUGUAUCCAUGGCAACAAACUUACUGCUUCAGGAUGGCUGAUGAAAAGUUUCACAGAGACAUUGGGUAUUUUAAGGUUAUUAUUAAAUUGAUUGACCGUACUGUCUGAUCGCUCAAUACCAAUCUGCUAUAGUUUUUAAGUGAUAAACUAUGCCAGCCUGUUAUAAUAAUAUCAUGUGGUGACUCCAUCAACACAGUACACAGUCAACCCUCCUACUGUCUGACCAUUCAAUACCAUCCACUGUGGUUUUGAAAACUAGGCCAGCAUGCAAUCCUUUUGAUAUCAUGUGGUGCAUGCAUGUUCACAAUACACAGUCAACGCUCCUUUUGUAUCUGACCACUCAAUAUUAGAGAAACAUACAUGUAUUUCAUAAUUGAGUUUUGAAAGUGUGUGUUUCACAGUUACAAUGGAUUAACAUUGUUAAAUCACUCAUCAGUUUGCAAGAACUGCCUUUUACUUUGCUUAUUAUGUUCAGCAGUGUUUAUGGAAGAGAAAUUCUUCGUCUAUAUUAUUAAAAUGAAACAGACAUUAGCUGCAUAGUAGUGAACUUUUUAUUUAUGAUUACUUUAUACAGACAAAAUCAUUGAGGACCAUUUUCACAUUUUUGUUGUUUUAUAGAAAAUUUACAGAUUAGCUCAGAUGUUCUUAGACUACUCAACCUACCUUCAAUAUGAUCAUGGGUUUAUGUAUUGAAUUGUUAGUAGGGUUGAAUAAGCGCUUAACCCGUUCGUCCACAAGGCGGUUGGUAACGACCACCAAAAACACGCCAAAUUGGACUUUUAUAAAAAGUCAAAACUUAAAACUACAACCCCUAAAUAUACCGCCUUCAUUCGAUUGUUUCGAGCGAAUGUUGAGCUUUCGUUGGUGUGAUGUUCAACAGGGGGUGCCAUUGAACAAUUAUGAGAAAAACACGAUUGAACAUGUUCUUUUUUUGUCUUUUAACAAUAAAUCUGUGCACCUAAGGGUUAAUGCACUAUUUGCUAUUUUGAGGCCUGAUACAUCUACAUUAUUACACAAUCUACUGCGCAUUGUUUUGAAUAACAAGACUUUAGGAAAUUUUCCUGUUUAGUUUUUAUUACCUCAGGUUUUACUAUAUGUCAUUUUAAGAUUUGUUUUGUAUUUAUUAAUUGUAUAUUUACAGUCUAUAAACAGCUUUUAUUUACAUCGAAAAGUUCCAGUUUUAUGGAAAGUGAGAUGCACUGGGGAAUAAGUCGUCGUGUGCCCGGCAAAAGGACGUAAGGGAAAGUUCCCGGCAGAAGGACGUAAGCAAUUUAUGUUAAAA